CUUAAAAUCUUGUCUGCAUAACCUGCACAUUCUGCUGUGUGCCCUCUCCAUAUUGCAAGAAGCUCUUUCAGAAAAAUAACAAGCAGAUGUCCAAAAAUUAAAAAAAAAAAAAAAAAAAAAAAAGAAGCUCCUUCACAUGCAACAGACGGUGGCUGCUGGACUAUCAUAAGGUGAAUCGCAGAUCACGUUGUUCAGAGAACAGUGAGUGAUUUUGUGCUGCACUACGUCCACAGACGUCUGGUUUUCUUGACGUCAGGAGAAAGUCUGAGCGGACCGAGCGCUGCGCACAAGAGCACAGCAACCACAUCACUCCCAGAGGAAAGGAGAGCGCAUCACAGCUACAGAUCGCCAUUUAGCUGUAGUGUGGUGAAUCCGAUCAGCGUUGUAUGAUGCCUCUUGGAGAGGAUGGAAAUGGAUGGAAAAAGAAGACAUCGGACAUCAAAGAACAUUAUGACUUCAAAGAAGUGCUGGGAACGGGCGCGUUCUCCGAGGUGGUUCUAGCAGAGGAGAAGAGGACUCAGAGGCUGGUAGCCAUCAAGUGCAUCCCCAAGAAAGCUUUGGAAGGCAAAGAGAACAACAUUGAAAAUGAGAUCGCAGUACUACACAGAAUCAAACAUCCCAACAUUGUGUCGCUGGAGGACAUCUUUGAAAGUACAUCCCACCUAUAUCUUGUCAUGCAACUGGUAUCUGGAGGUGAGCUGUUUGACAGAAUUGUGGAGAAAGGUUUCUACACAGAGCGAGACGCCAGCCAGCUCAUCCACCAGAUCUUGGAUGCAGUCAAAUAUCUCCACGACAUGGGCAUCGUCCACAGAGAUUUGAAGCCAGAGAAUUUGCUGUAUUACAGCAUGGAUGAAGACUCCAAGAUUAUGAUCAGUGACUUUGGCCUGUCAAAGAUCGAGGGAGCGGGCAGCGUCAUGUCCACAGCCUGCGGUACUCCAGGAUAUGUGGCUCCUGAGGUACUUGCUCAGAAGCCGUACAGUAAAGCAGUGGAUUGUUGGUCCAUAGGAGUUAUUUCUUAUAUUCUGUUAUGUGGAUAUCCUCCGUUUUACGAUGAAAAUGACGCCAAGUUAUUUGAGCAGAUUCUGAAAGCAGAAUAUGAAUUUGACUCUCCAUACUGGGAUGACAUCUCAGAUUCAGCCAAAGACUUCAUUUGUCACCUGAUGGAAAAAGAUCCUUUGAAGAGAUACACAUGUGAGCUAGCCCUCCAGCAUCCAUGGAUAUGUGGCGACACAGCUCUGGACAAGAAUAUCCAUGAAUCUGUCAGCGCACAAAUCAAGAAGAACUUUGCCAAAAGUAAAUGGAAGCAAGCAUUUAAUGCCACAGCGGUGGUGCGCCACAUGAGGAAGCUGCAGCUGGGCACCAGUCUCGAGGGACCCAGUCAGAUUACUCCCACCAGUCCCUGCCAUGGACAUCUGCUCCCAGAGGAAGAGGAGGAGGAGGACGACGAUUUGGGGAAUGGAGAGGAGGAGAGCUUGUCACACUAUGAGGACGGUCGUCGCGGGAGCAACGAGGGCAGCACGGAUCGGGACAGCCUGAGAAGCUGCACCUACUGCUGCAGGCCAGCCAGUCGCAUCUGAGCACAACCUCCUGUUGUCAUGGUGACAUUGUAUCCCUGGAGCGCCCAGAGCCUGUCCGCCCAGUCUGGCCAGGAAUGCAGAGUAGAUAUCAGGCAGUGUCCGCCAGUACAUCCACAGCCAGCAGGUCACUGUUACAGUGUGGGCGAAACACACUGUAAGUCUUUGUCCAGAAAAAAAAGAAAAAAAAACGCAUCAUGAAUAAAAGAUACACACAUUGUUGCAGAAUGGUAUGCAAGGUCACCUCACAUAGAUGGAAAGUCUUUCUUUUAAAGGGUCUAACUGUAUGAUUAUCCUUCACAGUGGAACAUGCAGUUGGUUUUUGUGCAGCGAUAUGAGUGUGGCCAUUUGGCAGGGUGUGCAUUACAAGAAGUGGUUCAGGAAGGGUCUAAGCUCCUGGAGCUUAAAUCAGAGGUGAGGCAGUGGCCUGAUGGCAGUCUCCUCCAUCCUUUUUGUUCUCACAUUAUCUGUCACAUCUACCUCUGAUCACAAUUUCUGCGUGCCCACAUCUAUCUGGCCAACUCACUUUACAUGAGUGGCAGCUUUCUCCAAAAAAUCUGGCCAGACAGGGCAAAAAGAAAAGGGAAAUAACUUGUUCUGAAAGCUACUCCUGCAUGUCUUUAUGCUCUUUACACAUCCAUGUGACUCAUUCCAGUCACCGAUCAAAUAGCUGUUUAGCUGAAUCUCGUUAAUCUCAAGGUGUGUCUGUCUUCACCGCCAGCUCCACCUGCGCAGUUAUUUCUGUUUGAUCACCUUUUAUCCCUAUAUUGUCAUCAGUAAGUGUUUCUGUGUUUUUCUAAGUAUUUCCUCCUUUUGUUCAAGCCUUUUUUGAAAAGGAGCUACUUGAAAGGUGAUUGUGGGGGUUAUGGACUCUAUAUUCUGGCUCAGACUGGGUUUGUGAAGGGUGGUUCUGACCUGAAGUGUCUGCAUGCUUCUGUUGGGGAAAAUGUUGAAAUGUAUGAAUAUCAAAAGGAGACUCUUUUGUUUGUUUUUAUGGCUGUUCUGUUAUCAGAGGCUCAAACUGAGAUCCCCAAAAGUCUGUAGAAUCGCAGGAUUCUCACCUCCCGUCAGCGGGCUCCCAUCAUGUUCGGAGAGCUGCUUUGAAGGUGCAGUUUUUAUUGGGAAUCCGCUGCAAGUGGGAAGAAAACAAUCAUAUCCAUGUCGCGCUCAUCCUUCCUGUUCUGUUUCUGACAAGUGUCUAAACAGCUGCCAGCUGUCAGUCUCUGAGUCAGAGGGAUCUCAGUCUGGGCGCUCCGCCUGCUCUGUGCUGUGCACCUCUAGUGGAAGAAGUUUUGGUCUACUGUUUGCAUGACCUGGUUAAAUAUGUUUACAUGAAUGAUGAUCAAUUAGUAUAAACACAUGAUUAUUAUUACUCUGUUGUAUUGAAAAAUGAUGUAAUACCUGUAAUUUUGAGCUAUAUAAUGUGAAGUGAGUAACACCAGAAGUAAUGUUGUGGACAAAAUACAACACAGCACAGUGGACUUAUCAUUUGCAUUGACUAUGAUGGUCAAGUCUCUACCUGAGUGACAUUUCUCCUGUACUACGUUUUAAGAUGUUUUUUCCUCAUUGUUUUUUUUUUUUUGCUGUUGUAGAAUCUCAUUCACGCAUAGCUGAUACCCAGACACAAGUAGAGAGAAAAAAAACAAACACAUAUCAGCCACAGUGCAAAACAUGAAAAAAAAAAAAAAAAGUGAUGGUGCUGGAAACAUCACCUGUCUGCCAGCGUGCAACUCUACAUCUGUCCUCCUGAGUAAAAAGCCAUACAGGGAAAUGGGAAAGUUUUAUUGUAGAUUCAGACAGGUCUUCAUCUUUUAAACGUAUGACUCAGAUGAAUGACGGCCGUGAUUCUCAAAGUGAUUUAAUAUAGUGACAAAACAUUUUUCCUCUGACGACUAGCUAAAAUUACCCUGAUACUAAUCAUGAUGUGCCAUUAUUGAAUCAAAGUAUGUCACAACGUAUUGAGUUUUGUGAAUUAGCUUUAAACAUCUACCAGUCCAUCUACAGAUUCACCUUAGUUAAAUAUAAAUAUAUUUAGUUGCAUAUGAACCUAGUUUCCCUCAAUUUAACACCGAUACAAACAAGUCCAUAGAACAGUAAAUGAAGGCAAUCACUCUGGAUUUACAUGACUGUAAUUGUGGAAAAUAUGCAAACUGUGUUUGAAGGGCUUCAUGUUAACUGUAAGAUAGCCAAUGUUGAUGACUUUGACAGCCUGGCUAUUAUAUGUUUGGUAAUGACCUUCUGUUCAACCUUUCCUGGGAUUUGUUUCCACUUGGCUGUGUUUUUUCUUUUUUUUU